ACUUUAAUUUCUUGAAAAAAAAAAAGAGAGAGAGAGAGAGAGAAAAAUUUGAUCUUAGCCUAUAAUUCCACAAAGGGAUGUAUUGUUCCGAGUGGUGCAUGUGUGGUAACUAAACGAUGACCUAAUUUAAGUGGAGAAGAGUAAAGCAAAAAUAUUAACCUCAAUUUCGAAACCCCCACGCAACGUGCGGCCGCCUGGCCGCCACGUGUCACGUAGGCAAUCUUGAUUGUGUGGCCAAUUGGGACUGAUAGGCCAAUCCAAUGUGGUAUGAAAUUUGUGCAUUCUCUUCAAACUCCCCCUACUAUAAUAACUCACUCCUAUCUUAAGUAUAGCACAGCCACUGAAUUGAAUCACCACCACCACCCUCUCCAACUUCAUCACACAAUGGCCGCCGCCGUGUCGACCAUCGGAGCCGUCAACCGCGUACCGUUGAACUUGAAUGGAUCGAGCGGAGGAGGCGCAGUGCCGACUUCGUCAUUCCUGGGAACGAGUCUGAAGAAGGGCGCGGGCAGCGUGAAAGGCGUCAAGGGCGGGAGCUUGAAAGUGGUGGCGCAGGAGCAGGAGGUGUCGGAGAAGAAGCAGACGAAAGAAGACAGGUGGAAGGGGCUGGGCGAGGACAUCUCGGACGACCAGCAGGACAUCACGAGGGGGAAGGGCAUGGUGGACCCCCUGUUCCAAGCCCCCACCGGGAUGGGGACCCACGACGCCGUCCUCAGCUCCUACGAGUACCUCAGCCAAGGCCUCCGCGAGUACAACCUCGACAACAAGCUCGACGGCUUCUACAUCGCCCCCGCCUUCAUGGACAAGCUCGUCGUCCACCUCUCCAAGAACUUCAUGACCCUCCCCAACAUCAAGAUUCCGUUGAUUCUGGGUAUAUGGGGAGGCAAGGGCCAGGGGAAAUCCUUCCAGUGCGAGCUGGUCUUCCGGAAGAUGGGGAUCAACCCGAUCAUGAUGAGCGCCGGUGAGCUGGAGAGCGGCAACGCGGGAGAGCCGGCCAAGCUGAUCCGGCAGCGCUACAGGGAGGCGGCGGACAUCAUCAAGAAGGGGAAGAUGUGCUGCCUCUUCAUCAACGACCUCGACGCCGGGGCCGGCCGGAUGGGCGGCACCACCCAGUACACGGUCAACAACCAGAUGGUGAACGCCACGCUCAUGAACAUCGCCGACAACCCCACCAACGUGCAGCUUCCCGGGAUGUACAACAAGCAGGAGAACCCCCGCGUGCCCAUCAUCGUCACCGGAAACGACUUCUCCACCCUCUACGCGCCGCUCAUCCGUGACGGUCGUAUGGAGAAGUUCUACUGGGCACCCACCCGCGACGACCGUGUCGGUGUGUGCAAGGGUAUCUUCCGUACCGACGGCGUCUCCGACGAGUGCGUCACCAAACUCGUCGACACCUUCCCCGGCCAGUCCAUCGAUUUCUUCGGUGCUCUUCGGGCGCGAGUGUAUGACGAUCUAGUGAGAGAGUGGGUGAGCGGAAUUGGGGUGGAGAACAUCGGACGUAAGCUGGUGAACUCUCGGGACGGGCCGCCGGUGUUCGAGCAGCCGAAGAUGACGCUGGAGAAGCUGCUGAGCUACGGUAACAUGCUGGUCGCAGAGCAAGACAAUGUCAAGAGAGUGCAGCUGGCUGACAAAUAUUUGAAGGAUGCUGCUCUCGGCGAAGCUAACAAGGAUGCCAUUGAGACCGGAAAGUUCUAGAAUAGCUCUCAACCCAUUAUCACGUUCCUGCCUACCUGCUGCUGUUUAUACAAAUUCUGUUUUUUCCCUAUCUUCUUUUCCUUUUCUUUUUCUUGUUUUUCUCCCUUCAAUUUGUGUACUGUUUCGUUAAUUAAAUCCUGAGUUUGCUUA